AUGAGAUUGAAGUCAGGUUUCAUUAAACUGAAAUCAAAGAUUUCAAAACCAUGCAACCGGUUCAUCUCCUUCUUCCAGGCCAAACUUCGCAAUGUCAAUACCACACAAUCUUCUUCUUUUACGACUUUGUUGUCUCGUCUUUGUUUCCUCAGUACUAAAAAGGAGCAGGGGAUGAGCCAGAUCACACCCAGGAGCUCCUCAUCUAGUGUGGUCGAUGAUCAAAAUCUUCCGCAUUCAAGAAAGAUGUUUACACUGGCUAUGUCUCAAAGAAACAAUACAACAAGGACGAUUAAAAGGGAGGAAGAUGAUGUGAAAGAGGCUUGCAGAAGGUUCGAGGACUAUAUGAUCAAUUUGAUCACUGAAGAAGGGAAGUUUGAUGACGUAAUGGACAUGGAAGAGGUUAUCUAUCAUUGGAAUAAUCUUAACAAUCCUAUCUUCAUUAAGCUUGUGACUAGAUUCUAUGGAGAGCUCUGCACAGACUUGUUCCCAAGCGACAAUGACGUUUAAACAUGAUCGAAAUGGGGUUUUAUCUAUGUUUAUUCUUUGGUUUUACAGCAAGUGAAAGGUGAG